CUCCACCCACUCACCUGGCCACCAUUGCCCUGUGCUGCCCAGCACCUGGAGAAGAUGAAGGCAUCUGUGGUUCUCUCCCUCAUUGGCUGCCUGGUGGUUCCAAGCGGUGCUCGCAUCUUGGGGCGUUGCACGGUGGCUAAGAAGCUCUACCAAGGAGGCCUGAGUUAUUUUGAGGGCUACAGCCUUGAAAACUGGGUGUGCCUGGCUUAUUUUGAGAGCAAGUUCAACCCCACGGCCGUCUACGAGAAUACACGUGAAGGCUACACUGGCUUCGGCCUCUUUCAGAUCCGCAGCAAUGACUGGUGUGGCCACGGCAGGAGCCGCUGCCACAUGGAAUGCUCCGCUCUACUGAACCAGAAUUUACAGAAGACAAUUGAAUGUGUCAAGACAAUUGUAAAAGGGAAAGAUGGGAUGGGAUCAUGGCCCACCUGGUCCCGGUUCUGCCAGUACUCCGACACCCUGGAGCGCUGGCUAGACGGCUGCAAGCUGUAGCCACCUGAGUGGUGCCGGUAACACUCACCAGUUGCGUCUUAUGAAUGAAGAUGCUUUUCUGUUUGCUGCUUCACUCAAUCCUGUUGAUUAUUUCACCGCUUGACAGCUCCAGAUGGAAAAGGACAAAAGUUUGCUUCAUGCCAUGCGGGCCUGGAAUAAACCAAGUUAGUUACUCAACCUGG